AUGAUAGAACUGAGUAGCUAUUUCCCCACAGACAGUACUGUAGAUCUUAGUAGCUAUGUGCCCACAGACAGUAUGGUCGAACUGAGUAUCUAUGUCCCCACAGAUAGUACGGUAGAACUGAGGAGCUAUGUCCCCACAGCCAGUAUGGUAGAUCUUAGUUGCUAUGUCCCCACAGCCAGUAUGGUAGAUCUUAGUUGCUAUGUCCCCACAGAAAGUAUGGUAGAACUGAGAAGCUAUGUCCCCAAAGACAGUACGGUAGAUCAUAGUAGCUAUAUCCCCACAGACAGGAUGGUAGAUCUUAGUAGCUAUGUGCCCACAGACAGUAUGGUCGAACUGAGUAUCUAUGUCCCCACAGAAAGUAUGGUAGAACUGAGUCGCUAUGUCCCCACAGAAAGUAUGGUAGAACUGGGUAGCUAUGUCCCCACCGACAGUACGGUAGAUCUGAGUAGUUAUGUCCCCACAGACAGGAUGGUAGAACUGAGUCGCUAUGUCCCCACAGCCAGUAUGGUAGAUCUUAGUAGCUAUAUCCCCACAGACAGCAUGGUAGAACUGAGUUGCUAUGUCCCCACAGACAGUACGGUAGAUCUAAGUAGCUAUGUCCCCACAGACAGUACGGUAGAUCUAAGUAGCUAUGUCCCCACAGAAAGUAUGGUAGAACUGAGUAGCUAUGUCCCCACAGACAGUAUGGUAGAUCUUAGUAGCUAUGUCCCCACAGACAGUACGGUAGAACUUAGUAGCUAUGUCCCCACAGACAGUAUGGUAGAUCUUAGUUGCUAUGUCCCCACAGACAGUAUGGUAGAACUUAGGAGCUAUGUCCCCACAGACAGUAUGGUAGAUCUUAGUAGCUAUGUCGCCACAGACAGUAUGGUUGAACUGAGUAGCUAUGUCCCCACAGACAGUACGGUAGAUCUUAGGAGCUAUGUCCCCACAUACAGUAUGAUAGACCUUAGGAGCUAUGUCCCCACAGACAGUACGGUAGAACUUAGGAGCUUUGUCCCCACAGACAGUAUGAUAGAACUUAGGAGCUAUGUUCCCACAGACAGUACGGUAGAACUUAGGAGCUAUGUCCCCACAGACAGUACUGUAGAACUGAGGAGCUAUGACCCACAUGUACAGACAGUAUAG